CUUCUUUAACAAUGUGUUGUUUUUGUAAUUGACUACUGGUAGCACAGAUAUAUGCUAGCAACGUUGUAGUUAUUGUGAGCAGGUGAAAUUCAGAUACAAUGCUGGCYGUGGUAACGUUUUGUUUUGGCUCCCAUCCACUAGGUGGCUUACCUAACGUUAGCUAUUCAAGUAUCCCGACCAAAAUGCGACGACCUGUCACCUAGCAGCAGGCAACGAGCGGGAGGGAGUUUAGAAAGUAUUGGAGCUCAUCCUCAGUCAAAAUGAGUUCGUUCGCGGGUCGCAUGAAGGAGUAUCCCAACAUGUCGCUGGACCGMUUUGACAGGGAGAAUCUACAUGCAAAGGCUUACUUUUUAUCUCACUGUCAUAAAGAUCACAUGAAGGGACUGAAGGGGCCUCUAUUGAAAAGAAAGUUGAAAUUCAGUCUGACAGUCAAACUGUACUGUUCAUUUGUAACUAAGGAACUGUUGCUGAGCAAUCCAAAAUAUGCCUUCUGGGAAGAUCACAUAGUUGCUUUGGAGCUGGAGAGUCCCACACUAAUCACUUUAAUAGAUGAGGCGCGAAGGUAUCAACAUCUCCCAACCCUUGUGUUUGUAGGUUCUUGUAGAGGGGCCCAGGGGACGGUGUUGUACACAGGAGACUUCCGACUGGCGAAGGGAGACUCCUCCCGCAUAGAACUCCUCCACUCCGGGAGCAGUGUCUCCAGGUUGAAGUCUAUGUGUAGGGACGUGUCCUCUCCAKCUGUGAUCUACAGACCUCUGGGAACACUGAAACGCACCAGACCAGAGCAGCACACCCACGAUGUGGACCGUGCUGAUUGGCUGUUUGAGGGGGCGGACCUGGCCCCUGUCAGGAAGAGGGUGAUGAUGCAGGAGGCCACACCCACAACGCUCCCUAACCCUCCCGACGAACCUCUACCCCUAACACACACACCUCUCAUCACAGGAGACUACAUGGACUGUACCGAAUCUAAUGAUGAUGAGGAGGAGAGAGACCUGGAGGAAGAGGAGAGAGACGAGGGGUCUGUAUCUAAUUCUGGCACCCCUCCUCGCUGGGAGGAGUUUUUCACCACGGAGAUACUGACGGACAGCCAGACCAGCCAACCAAACUCCUGCUCUCACACAAGCCCCUCCCACUCCACACUCACAGGCUCCCAGACCCCAGAGCUGUUUGCUGAUGACUCCGCCAAACUCCCCUCGUCGUCAAGUCCUCUCUCGGCUGGGCGAGGCCCGAGUCAGGCUGACAGCAUGCUCAUCCAAUCAGAAGACCCGUGUCAGGGAGAUGCAUUGACCAAUCUGGAUGCUGGGGGGGAGGAGAGUGGCAGCCACACUCAUCAAUCAGAGCCAACGGAGUCUCAGGUAUCAUCGGACUUUGACAUCCCGUCUACGCCGGAUUCACACACACCUGGACCAGAAGACCUCAGUGAUCUGUACAGGAGACUGGCCGCUGGAGAGGAAUUGGUCAUCAGGACAGGAAGUCAGUCCCUCUGACCAUGUCUAACUCUUUGUAUAUAGACAGAGGGGAGAGGUCAUCAGACAGGAAGUCAGUCCCUCUGACCAUGUCUAACUCUUUGUAUAUAGGACAGGAAGUCAGUCCCUCUGACCAUGUCUAACUCUUUGUAUAUAGACAGAGGAAGAGGUCAUCAGGACAGGAAGUCAGUCCCUCUGACCAUGUCUAACUAUUUGUAAUAAGAA